AUGACCUCGCAAAACGUUGCCUUCGAUAUCCCGAAGAUCACCAAUGGUGAUUACCAGCUAAUAGCCCAGGGUGUAGGGGGUAUAGUGUUCCAGAAAUCCGAAAGUCUGCAAUUCGCCGACGACAAGGACUGGAUCUACAUCCAGACGGACAAGGCCACCUACAAGCCCAGCGAUGCUGUGCAGUUCAGAGUCCUCUUCCUGAAUAGGCGUACCCAACCUGCCACGAUCGACAAGCCAAUUACAAUUGAGAUCCACGACGGAGCCAAUAACAUGAUCAAAAAGUGGGAGAAUGUCAAGCCGACCAAUGGCGUUUUCACCGAAAAACUGCAGCUAUCCGAUCAGCCGGUGCUCGGAAACUGGACGAUGACAGUUACAGUCCAGAACAGGGGCCAGCAGUCAAAGACGUUCGUGGUGGACACGUAUGUGAUGCCGAAGUUCGAGGUUAAGGUAAUUACCCCCAGGAACAUUGUGAAUAGAGCUGGGAAAAUUACGGCGACGAUAAAGGCCACGUACACCUUUAAAAAGCCUGUGAAGGGCACACUCGUCGUCUCGUUGGAGGGCAGUGGGACUGAGAGGACCCUGCCGAUCGAUGGAGCGAUUUGCGGCCACUGCGAAAAUUGCCUUAUUACUGCUAAAUUGGAGAACGCUGUCGAUUUCAAGCAAUAUACUUAUAAGCUGGAGAAAUCACUUAAGAUCGAGGUUAUUACUAACAAACCCAAACUAAGGCAGCCGCUAACAAUCAAUGUUGUCUCCGAUAACUAUCUUCCCUAUUUCAUGUUGGCGAUAGUCGCACGGGGUAACAUCAUCAUUAACCGAUAUAUACAAGUGGAAGGAAGACAAUUUAGUAGGAAUUUAACAUUUGUGCCCUCUUUCGACAUGGUGCCCGAAGCCACCAUUAUUGUCCAAUAUGUUGUUAAUGGAGAGUUGCAUGCCGCCGAGAAAACUGUCGACAUCGAAAAGGACUUUGGCAACACGAUUGAAAUUACAGCACCGGAAGAAACUGAGCCCAAGCAGAAUGUGAGCCUCAGGGUUAAGACCGACCCCAAUUCCUUCGUUGGUCUUCUUGGAGUGGACCAGAGUGUACUGCUUCUUAGAUCUGGCAACGAUCUCAACCGGAACCAAAUAUUGAACAAUCUCCUCAAAUACUCGACCGAUGUGGUGACCAUAACCAAUGCAAAUAUCUACAUCGAUAUAGAGAGCGGUGGCUGUUAUACUAAUCCUGAUGACCUGAAGAAAUGUUAUGCCUUCCCUCCCAGUCGAAGCAGAGUUAUUGAAUCGGGACCAGAAAAGAACUCAGCUCCUACCGCAAUUGGAUCAACCAAAACGCAAGGUGCACCUCCAGCGAUUCGUAAGCUGUUCCCUGAAACCUGGUUUUUUGAUGAUAUAUCAGACGUGGGUGACAAUGGUGAAAUUUAUGUGCCCAAAACGAUGCCGGAUACGAUGACCUCCUGGGUGGUCAGUGGCUUUUCUUUGAACGCCAAGACGGGCCUUGCCGUGACGCGGGACCCAACCUUUGUUCGUGUGUUCCAACCGUUCUUUGCAACCACCAACCUCCCCUACUCAGUGAAGCGGAAUGAAGUGGUAGCCAUUCCCGUGCUGGUGUUCAACUACCUGGGUGGACCUGUCCGGGCCACUGUAUCGAUGGACAACUCUGACAGGGAGUACGAGUUUGUUGAGGCCACCAGUGCGAAUGUGACCAAGGAGCUUCUGCACCUGCGAAGGGAGAAGUCGCUUUAUAUACCCGCCAACACCGGACGCAGUAUAUCGUUCAUGAUCCGGCCCAAGAAAAUAGGUCUGAUCACUCUGAAAAUCACCGCACUCGCGCCAAAUGCCGGCGACACUAUUCAUGAAAGACUUAAGGUAAAGGCCGAUGGCGUAACAAAGUACGUCAACAAAGCUGUAUUGAUUAACGUUCAACGGUUGCAUCGUCGUCACACAAUGUUUAUGCCACAACGGACGAUAACGGUGGAGCAACCCGAAGAUAUUGUACCAGGUACAAUGGUCGUAGGAGCGGCAGUGGCCAAGACCAUCCAGGCGCCACAGCUUGAUAACCUAAAUGGCCUGGUUCUUGAACCAAAAGGCUGCGGGGAGCAGAACAUGGUUAACUUCGUGCCCAAUGUCCUGGUGUUGGGCUACUUGGAGGAGCGGAAAAACAAAAAUCCCGCGUUAUCGGCCCAAGCUAAGACAUAUUUGGAGACUGGCUACCAGAGAGAACUGACAUACAAGCGAGACGACUGGUCCUUCAGCGUCUGGGGCCAGAGUGAUCGUGCGGGAAGCACUUGGCUAACAGCAUAUGUGUUGCGUUCCUUCCACCAGGCACAAAAGUUCGUGCAUAUUGACGACAACGUUAUGGCAAGAGGCCUCGACUUUCUGGAGUCCCGGCAGGUUGCUAGUGGCGAGUUCCCGGAGCUGGGAAGGCUCAUUCAGAAUAACCAUGGCAGCCCCUUGGCACUUACCUCAUUCGUCCUGUUGGCUUUCUUCGAGAACAAGGAAUACAUGAACCGAUACCAGAGAGUGAUUGACAAAGCCGUUCAAUUUGUGGCCCAGAAGGUGGACCAGACAAAUGAUCCAUACGAUCUGGCCAUCGCCGCUUUUGCGCUCCAGCUGGCCAGAAACAGAAAGGCCGAACAGGUCCUGAACACGUUGGAAAACUUGGCCAAGCAUAGUGACGAUCGCAAGUGGUGGACCAGGUCGGACAACAGCGUCAGCAACGACGUCGAGAUCACUGCCUAUGUGCUGCUCGCCAUUUUGGAGAAACAAUCGAUGGAUUCAACGGAUCAGAUUGUCAAUUGGCUGAUCAGCAAGCGGAACAGCAACGGUGGCUUCGCCUCGACCCAGGACACAGUAGUCGGCCUCAUGGCCCUGACCAAGUACGAGCUCCUAAACGAAAAACCACCUAACGUUCAAAUUGAAAUCGCUCCGGCCGUCGAAAUCGUCGCGCAUCUGCCCAAGGAAACCAUAUUCAUCAACCCCGACACACCUUGGGAAACAAAGUCUUACCCGCUUCCGGAAGACACUCGGGAUGUUAAGUAUUCGGCCUCAGGAAAUGGUCGCGUUCAAUUCCAGAUACAGUACCGCUUCAACGUGGCCACCAAGGAGAAGGAACCCAAUUUCAAGUUGACAACAAUAGCUAAGAAAUCGGACAAACAACGUAUCGUUCUGGACAUUUGCGCCGAGUAUACUCCAGUUGAAGAUUCCGACAAGGGCAAGCCCACCAACAUGGCGCUCAUGAAGAUCAAAUUGCCAUCCGGUUAUGUGAGCGAUCCAGAGUCCUUCGCAAAUAUCAAGGCCAUCGCUGAAGCGGACACCAAUGUCCGCAAGUGCAUGACCGUUAAGGCGAUCCGCAACCACCCGGUGGCCAAUCUGACGCCGUCGUAUGUCAUCCUCUACGACUAUUACCAAAAGGAGUGCAUCGCCACCGAGUACUACAACGUGGAGUCCUCCCUGUGCGACUUCUGCCACGGCGAAGAGUGCGGAGACGGAUGUCUUUGA